GCACACUUGCUGCAAUGUGUCCCUACCACAUAGUGUCCCGCAUGCUUAUGUAAUCAGUGUCCGUGUGUCCCCGGAACCAAGUCUUACAUCAACGGGACAAAUAACCGGGGUGGUGAUGGCUACAAAGGAAGCUUCGGGGACAGGUACUUGGCCAGGUCCAUUCCCAGCUCUACUAUUCGGAAUAUGAAGGAGAAAGAGGAAAGCAGAGGCUACGAUAUUGAGAAGCAACCGUGCGAUGUGCCGGCGAACAAGCACAAGACGCUGUCGACGGCGUGGAUUUGUCUCCACAGGGUGUGCUCAUUGGUUGCUGUUGUACAGAUGUUGAGGCUGUUGGCCGGGGUUGACCUGUUUAUGGCGUCGAGAUGGACAUCGUCCACUGACGAGACUGGUCCAAAGGAGACGUUUGAGCUGAGGUUGCCCAUCCUGUACGAUGACUUGGUCUAUCAGGAGGUGAUUCUGGAGCAUUCGUUUGGCAACUCCUGGGGAGUGCCAGCAAAGAAGCGGUUUACUCCUCCAGCAGACAAGAAGUUCAACAGGGUUGUUUUGGAACUGAACACCACUGUUGACGGCAUCCAGUACGAUAGGCUGGCACAUGUCUUCAUCAAUGACAUCCCUGUGUGGCGAACCUCCACGGCUGAGCCUGGCAGAGAGUGGGUCUACACGUCAGUUGAGAAGGACAUUUCCAAGUACCUGACAUUGUUCCAAGACGGGGACUCCUCUGUGACGUUACAGCUGGAUAACCUCAUCAGAGGUAAGCUCACGGGAGCCUUCAACACGACGCUGAGUGUGAAGUAUUACCUGGAUCCAAACUCUGACGAUGACAUCUUCAACCAUAUGACAGUGACAAACCACCCGGCCCACAGAGUGACGAAGCUGAUCGAGCCACUGCCCAAUAGAACACCACUGCUAUACUAUCCAAAUAACCUGCUGUCAUUCUCGAUUCCAACGGUACCUGAGAACACCACAGCGUUGAAGUUGGCGUUGUUUGUCUCUGGAAAUGCCGAGGAGGAAUUUUGGUACUCCAACAGCUUGGAGGAUGAGAAGAAGUACUUUGCGCCAAACGGACAUGAACUAUUAGGACACGGUCCAGUGCGUAUCAUUAACACGUAUGUCAAUAACAAACUGGUGUCCGUGGCUGCACCGGAACCAGUUAUCUUCUCAGGUGGUAUCUCUCCUGCGUUGUGGAGGCCUAUAAUCGGUGUCAACGCCUUGGAUGUGAAGGCUUUGGAGAUUGACCUUAGUGCAAUGAUUCCAGAGCUGUGGAAGACAAGUGCUGCCCUGGACAUUGUCAUCACGAAUGGCACUACGAACGGUACAGUGGGUCAGAAUUGGAUUGCCUCUGCUGCUUUGCUACACUGGGAGUCCGAGGAGAUUGAAAGUGCAAAGGGUUCCGUGUUAAACUUCAAGAAUUCGACAGCCUUUAGAGAACACCACAGCACGAAUGCUCCUCCACGUAUGCAACAGUUGGUGUAUUCUAAUGCGGUUGCGGAUAUCAAGAGCAACUUCACCUAUACUUUGAAGAACGGCUCCGAGAUACCUGUGGAGCUACACUGUACCUCGAAGGCUUCAUUUGUAGACUCACAGGACUACUACAGAUAUGGUGAUUUACAACUUAUAACUGCGACUGUUGCAUCAACACAUUCCACAAAUCUACAAAUUGGUGAUAUCUCUACAAAUGUGAAGAACGUGAAGUUUUACCCUUUGGUCAUAUCUGUUGAUACUGAGCCGAUUAUCCCUCCAAAUGUGACCUACGUUGCCAAUGUCACCAAUGUGUACGGCUCGCGUAUUGUCAUUGAUGACAAAGAAGUGUUUGUGCUGGAAUCUUACCAGAAUGGUACCUCCAAGUUUACGCUGAGUCCAACAGGGAACUCUGGUAACGGCUCAACUGAUCAAACGUUUGCAGCUGUCAUGUCAAGCCCAUUCGUCACCUUCAGGGAAGAUGCUCAGGCGAAGGCUGUCAAUGGAACUUUGGUCAAAAGAGAUGAAAAGUUCUGGUACGAUGACCUCCACCACGACAUGGCCCUUGAAGUUGGUAUAUCACAGGAAGUUAUGGCGAAGCUUUCAAGACAAGUUGUCGAGUACCAAAAUGCCAUUAUCCAGAAAGAACAGGACGAGUCGAUCACCGUGGAUGAUGGCUACGUUGCUAAAUUCCCGGGAUUCCGCCAAUUGAGCGGGUAAAUGUCCCAUUUGUAUAGUGAAAUCAUGAUCUUGCGUUUCUUCCGG